AUGGGGGCCAAAUGCAGCGAGAUGGCCUUGGGCACUCCCUCCCAGGUAACCCCUUCGCAGGCCCUGGUAGAGGAGGAUGAAGAUGAUGGAGAGGAUGAGGAUGCUGAAGAGGAGGAGGAAGAAGACGAUGAGGAGACCUCUGGCACAGUGAAAGCAGACGCAGAGAAAGCCCUGAAGGGCGGCCUCGUGCGCGGUAAAACCGCUGCCUUCGAGGAGGCCAUCGACUUCGCCACCUUGGUUGGCAUCAAUGAAGACAUGAUCGCUCAGGCAGAGGCCAAGCUUCAACAGCACAAGGUUUUACGAGAACGGGAAGUUUUCAUAGAGGAGCUUCCCAAGUUUCUCGACUCCGAAGAUGCUGAUGAUGAAGCGAAGUGUCAGGAGCAGAUCGAGGUGGGCAAGAAGCACGGCGUUCCUGAGUCCCACCUGAUGCUCCUGCGACAGCGCAUCGAGGCUAUUGAUGGCACUCCUUCUGUCAAGCGGGCUUUCGUGGCACCCUUUGCUGCUGCUGGCUGCGGCGCUUCGACCGAGAACGAGACCUUCGGCCCGAUCGAGGAGAGCUCCUUCGGCCCGGACGACCUGGUUCUCUACGGCGAGACGCUGCACCAGCGCUGUCAAGCCUACCUCCUGUACCUUGACGAGCCCCUGAACCUCUUGGAGAGCGACAGCACCUCGACGGAGUGCUACGCCCUGUUCGGUGUCUUCAGCUGCUCCAUCGAAUCGAUGGCAUCCUCGUCGGCUACUCCGGGCGGCAGUGGCAUUCCGUUGCAGGAGUUCAGGAGAGACUGUCCUCCAGGGUGGUCUCCGGGGCUCCCCGACUAUCCGUUGAGAUUGUUUUUCGAUAAAUUAAAGCUUUGGUACCAGAUCUUUGACGGUGCUGACGAGCUGGUUGGUCCCUUGGUGGCUGGGAGAUUGCAAGGCAAAGCACAGCGCUUGGCCCUUCAGCUUCGUUUGCCGAGACCGGACGGAGGCGUGGACGUAGGGUCAGAUGCCUUGGUCCGUUUGUCAGUGGACGAGGUGAGAGAUCCGACCAACCCUGCCAUCAUCCUUCAGACGGCAAUACCGUCAUGGAUCCAGUCCCUAUGCAACUCGUUGAGAGAUGCCUUCGGAUUCUCUGAUCAAGAGCUUGUGUCAAAAAGCAUAGAGGACUUCAUGGAAUUCCGUAGAGGUCGCGUGGCUUUCUCUGAGUUCAGCAUUGAGUUCGACAUGCGGCUCGAGGAGGCCACGUUGGUGGACGACAUUAAGCUUCAGAUUCAAGGCGAUAACCACGACGCCUACUUCAUGGGCGACGAGGACGACGACUGGGAUGACUCCUGGGAGGACGGCUGGUACGGCGACAUGUACUGGCAGGACGACUAUGACGAGUACUAUGAUGCGGAGUCGAGGGAGCCUUCGGAACCUCCGGCGACUCCUGGUGCCUCUUCCUCGUCACCUCCGACGACAUCUCCAGCGACAGCCCCAGCUGCAUCACAAGACGAGAGCUUCCCAAUGCAAAAGGGAAAAGGCCGUGGCUGCUCGGUCUGUGGAUCAAAGUGGCAUUCUGCCUCCAGCUGUCCCGUGAACAACGGGAAAGGCAAAGGCAGUGGAAAAGGGUCGCCCGGCUACUCUGGCAACAAAGGCGGCUACGGCGGCAAAGGUGGAUACAGCAAGGGUUAUGGCAAGCCUCGGGGCUCAAAAGGCAAGGGCAAGAAGGGCAAGAGCAAGUGGUCGCCGUAUCGUGGAUAUGGCAAAGGCUAUGGCGGCUACGGCAAGAAGGGCGGUUCCGGCUACGGUGGUGGCGGCUACUUCGGCUUCAGCGACAAGAAGUUGAACAACAGCUUCCACGGACCGCCUGCUCGCUCUUCCCCAUUGAAGAAGAAGCAUGUUCGCUUUGAGGACGAGGGUCAGGACAUGAUCCUCCAUCUCAACCGCCCCAAGGCUUCCUUGGUCUCAGUGUCCUCCGAGGGCGUCACUGAGCCAUCCAAUGAGGAACCGAGUGCCAGCACAGCCGUGGAGAAGCGUCUUGACUUCUCCUUUGCCAUGGGCAUUUUCUCAUCCUUGGAGAGCUACCAUACCGUGAAGGGCGACAAGCAACGCGGCCUUCUUGUCGAUCCUGGUGCUGCUUCUGGACUCAUAGGGUCAGAGACACUUCGUGAUCUUCUGAGUGUGCUUCCUCAAGCAAGGCAAGGGGAGGUCACCUGGAAUCAUCAAAAGACGCACAAUGUGAGUGGGAUCUCUGGCAAUCCAGAAGCAACCAUGGGUGAGGUGACGAUACCUUUGACUCUGGCAGGUGCCAGUGGAGAUUACCGCGCUGAUGUUCUUGGUGGUGAUGGCUCGCCGUGCCCGGCACUACUUGCAAAUCCAGCACUACGGCGUCAACGAGCCGCGAUCCUCACGGACUACUUUGAGAACGGCGAUGGUGUCCUUGUGGUGCAGAAGGCUGACCAAGAAAGACACUAUCUUCGCAUCCUUUUGACUGACUCUGGUCAUUACUAG